AUGGCACUGUACCACCAACCAUGGGCGCCGUCUGCCAUACCUGCAGCACGCCUUGAGCUUACAUGCCCUAUCGAAGAAGAAAAGACACCAAAUUACAGCCCAGAGCGCUUCUACCCCAUUCGGUUGGGGCAACUUCUGAAUGGAAGAUAUCAGGUAGCGACUAAGCUGGGCUACGGCGCCAAUUCGACCGUCUGGCUUGCUCGAGAUCUGAACCGGUGGCGCUGGUCCGCAGAGAAGUACGUCGCUAUCAAAGUCAACGCAACCAAGAGUUUACACAGACGAGCCUUAGCAGAAAAUGAAAUCGAUAUCCUCCGGCGCGUAACUCGAACAAACCCAAAGCACCAUGGAUGGCACUUCAUUCGAAAACUUACCGACACUUUUACUCUGGAGAGCCCAUAUGGUCGCCAUCCUUGCCUCGUCUCGGACGCUUUGCGUGAGCCUCUUCGGCUAUAUUGCUCCAGAUAUAUUGGGGGUGUCAUCCCUCCAGACAUCUUGAAGGUUCUCCUCCAGAUGAUACUUCUGGCGCUUGACUAUCUGCAUACAGAGUGCCACAUCAUCCAUGCUGAUCUCAAGCCCGACAACAUCAUGAUAAGAAUCGAAGACGCCAAGAUGUUUGAAAAGGACGCAAUUGAAGAGUACAACAACCCCUUGCCGGAGAAGCAACUAGACGACCGAACCAUUUACUUAUCGCGAAACAACUAUGGACCGCUUGCUCGACCAACGGGGAUCAUACAGCUCGUGGGCUUUGAUCUCGCGGUUCAUUCCAAGCCAGCGGAGUUGCACUAUGGUGCGAUUCAAGGAGAGAUGUACCGAGCACCAGAAGUCAUCCUCAACUCUGGGUACAGCUACUCUACGGAUAUUUGGAGUGUUGGAGUGAUGCUUUGGGACUUGCUUGAAAAGAAAAGUCUCUUCGACCCUGUGACUCCAGGGGACGUAAAGGAAUACGACGACUUGUCCCAUUUAGGACAGAUCACCGCCCUACUAGGCCCUGUACCACAAGAUCUUCUGACUAAAGGGAGAAGAUGGUCUUUGUUUUACCAGGAGAACGGAGAGUUGAAGGACCCGAGCCGUAUACCCAGCAAUUUCAACCUCGCCAACACGCUAACAUGCAUGGCUGGCGAAGAGAGGCAACGAUUCAUCCAGUUUGUCAAGAGAAUGAUGACCUGGCGCCCUGAAGAACGCAGCACAGCCAAAGAGCUUCUCAAUGGUCCAUGGCUCUACAACGACUUUCCUCAAGACUAG